UUCUUCGAUCGUAGAGAUAACCUAUGCGAGGAAGUUCGUGUAGUUCGCAUAACAAUAAAAUAUUAUUACAUAUAGGAUUUUGUUUUUCUUGCUUUAUGUAAUAGUCACUGCGAUGCAGUACCAGGGAAGUUAUCAGUGAAUAUCAGUUGUGUUGGUGUGUUCUUGGAAAGAUAAUAAACUGUUUAUUAUAUAUUAUUAAUAAUAAGACCACGUGAAGUAGCACGUGUUAUAUUCGCAUUAUAUGUGACAUAGGUUAUAUAGGGUGUAACUGAAAUACGGUGCCAAACAUUAAAAUAGGUAUGGAUUUUAAACUGAGUAAUGGAUUCUUCGAUUUGUGCAUAAAUGUAUCAAAUAAGAAUAUUGUUUACUUAAGAAAAGUUUUAUCAAGAUUGUAUCAAAUGGGUUACAGGACUAUAGCGUUAAAUCAAAAUGUAAAUGAAAAUGUCUUUAAUACUGAUAAGAAAAAGAGAAAAAGAAAUGAGGAAAAUAAAGAAUUACCAAGUAUGAUGCCAGAUCCAAUCGAUGUGUCUAAACUGAAUGAAGAGUUUGAAGGAAAACUAUGUAUACUUAACAGAAUAACAUUUAUUUGUUCUGAUUCCAUAAAAACACAUACACUGGCACAUUGCGCAAAUCUGAAGAAAUAUAAUUUGUAUGCCAUCAUGCCAAUUAGUCAAGCUAUGUUACAGUUUGCAUGUACACAAAUAAAUGCAGAUUUGAUUACGAUAAGGCCGUCAGUUUCUAAUCUAAAAUUGAAUAGAAAGUUAUAUCAGCAGGCAGUAGAAAGAGGUUUAUCUUUUGAGAUACAAUAUGCAAACAUUUUAGAACCAGAGACACGCAAAAUGGCUAUUUAUUAUUCUCAUUUGUUUUACACAUACGGUAAGAGCAAGAAUGUGAUUAUAUCUAGUGGUGCAAACGAUAUCAAUUGUAUUAGGAGCCCUUAUGACAUUAUAAAUCUUGGAUCUAUAUUGGGUUUGAACGAAGAAAAAUCAAAAGCAGCUAUAUUAAAGCAAUCUCAGCUUCUUCUUUUAAGAGCAGAAAGACGUCUUUCUGGCAAAGCAGUAUUUACAGUGGAAUUCACAGGUGAAUCAUCGACGAAUGAGGAGGAUACGUUGGAUGUGGAGGAAGAAUGUAUAUAAAAUAAAUGUUUUCUUUAUUUAUAUUA